CCUUCGUAGCGACAUCUGAAAAUAAAGUAGUUCAUGUAAUAGGUUUUUUUUUUCAUGGUCGUCUACACGCCCAUGCGAUGACGUCAUUGACUUGCGGAAGUAAACCGGGGAUCAUAAACGCAUUGCUGUUCUUCUACAAACGCAGAAAGACCAAAGACGGUUACAAGGGGCCCAGUUGAUUCAUUUUCCAAAGCCUAAAACACAGUUGAGGAAGUGUCUACAAUGGAUUAAGGCUCGCAGAAGUGGACAUGUGGACAAUAUCAACAAACACAAGGCUGUGUGUUCGAAGAACCCUGCAGUGGAACGUUCAACGUGUCUGUCCGAGGCCCAGCUCAUCACGAUAGGUCCUCUGUAGCCAACUUCUGCUACACGACACGCUAAUUGAAUGGAAGAAAGCAGGAGAGAGACCAGACCCCUCACACCAGACUUCGGCAGCCAGAACAUCAGUGUAGUGAAAGGUCAUGGCCCCAGGUUGUCAAAGAUCAACCUGAUUAGCUUGUUGAGUUUGUGGCUGGAGCUGUUCCCUCAGGAGGAACCUGAACAAGACGAUAAUCAGAUCCACAGCGUGGGUCUUGUGGUUUUGCGGAACAAUAAGGUGGUGGGACUCCACUAUAGUGGACAUGAGCUCCACGCUGGCCAAGCAGCCAUCAUCCAACAUGCCGGACGCUUGACCGACUGUCACCUGUAUUUCUCUCGGCGACCAUGCGCCACCUGCCUGAAGAUGAUCAUCAAUGCUGGAGUGAGUCAGAUCUCGUUUUGGCCCGGAGACCCUGAGUUCAGCAUGCUUAGGCCUAACCCUCACACUCAUACGGGCCGCAUCACCGAGGAGGCUGCACUGGAUGCUGUCGCUACGGAGAAGCUGAAGUCCAACAGUAGCUCGCACAUCUGCUUGCUGCUGCAGCCUGUGGUUGCAGAUAUGGUGCAGUUUGUGGGUGAGACGUCCAGAGAGUGUGAUUUCAUGGUGAUGGCGACUGAUGACAACCCCGGCCUGAAUACAGAGGAACUCUUCUGGAGAGAACAAGAGAAAUACCUCGAAGAUUUCUCCAAACGGUUCCUAAUUGAGGACUGCCGUCAGCACCGAGAGAUUUUGACCCAGAUGCAUCUGGAGAAUUUCUGCAUGGAGCCCUACUUUUCCAACCUCAGACACAAUAUGAGGGAGAUUGUGAAAGUUUUGGCUUCUGUAGCAGCCGGCGUUCCACAGCGACACUAUGGAUUUCACCAGGAAACUGGCUCAUCGGUGCCCCCUUAUCACAAGGGCGUGUCCCAAGAAAUCGCCCGUCAUUGCAUCAUCCAAGCCAGGCUACUUGCCUACAGAACAGAGGACCCUAAAGUGGGUGUUGGUGCCGUUAUCUGGGCCAGCAAACAGUUGACUAGCCUUAAUGGACCGGCUCAUCUGUCACUGGUGGGUUGUGGGUACAACGCUUACCCAGCAGGCUCACAGUAUGGAGAGUACCCGCUCAUGGACGCCAAACAGGAAGACCGAAAGCGACGCAAGUACCCAUACAUUGUCCACGCCGAGCAGAAUGCCCUCACUUUCAGGACUCGCGAUAUCAACUCAGAGGAAGCCGCCAUGCUGUUUGUGACCAAAUGUCCAUGUGACGAGUGUGUCCCGUUGAUUAGAGGUGCUGGCAUCACGCACAUUUACACCACCGACCAUGACCGGGACAAGAAUAAAGGAGACAUUUCCUAUCUCCGGUUCAGCAACUUGAAGGGAAUCCAAAAGUUCAUAUGGCAAAGGGACCCUGCAUCAUAAUUAUCUUACAACAUUACAAACGGUUACACCGGCAAGCGCAGCAGCACAGAAGCGCAGAAAAAUCCCAGUAUCAAGAAGCCUCGUGACAGCAGAAAUACUCGUAACUUGCCCCCCGUGAGCUGAGUAUCACCCCCGAAUCAGCGGCACCUUGAAACUGAACUGGGAAUCUAUUUGCAUCCGUUUUCAUCACCAUUCUCACACGAGAACUAAGAUGACCACGUCGACCUAAUCAUUAAGAACUUUUAAAGACAAGAAUUAUAUUGAAGAUAUAAACCCAGAUGUUGGCGGUAUUAAGUGGUUGGAUUAUUUCACGUCAAUAUAUUUUAUGGCAAACAUUAUCCGAUUGUAAUGGGUUGGGGUUUUUUUAGAUACAAUUUGUCUGUUUUAUUUGUAAUAACAUACAUACAUAAAUGCUAAAACAGUACUGUUGGAUGGAACUCGAUUGCACAGCUUUUUGAAUCCAGUGAAAGAUUUCCCAAUUAAUUUUUAUUUGGCUUAUGAUGCUUUAAUCUUGACAUUUUUGUCUCCAUUGAUUUACUUUUUUGAUGACAUUUGAGAAUUGCAUACACUACAAUAAACGUAGAACUACAACAAAUUUACCUUAAAACAUGCGAGCGAGCUUGCAGAGUUGUGUGUGUGUGUGGGAGGGAGAAAAAAUUGAAACAAAGAUGUAUAAAAUAAAAGACUCACAAAAUGUAUUGCAGACUUUGCAAUAAUUCUUUGGUUUUACAGCUUUAUGGUUCAUGCCAUUAAAUAUGUGUGAGAAAUUGUUCUUUAUAUCUGUAAAGAUUUUGAGCGGUAUAAAUAACACUAACUUGAAUAUUACAGUAAUUCCAUAAGCCCAUUGAAGGGUGCAGGGUGGAUGGCAUCAAAUGUGACAGAAAAGUGAGGCAAGAAUACUAUAGAGGUUAAGAAUUUCAGUACAAAUAUGAAGCCAUUCAUUUUGCUAAAAUAAUUUUCUCAACAAUUGUUCAUUGUCAAACCAGCAUUGUAAAAAGAUUGACUUAUUUAUAUGCUAUUCUACUCUAUAUGAAGAAGCUAUGAGGAGUAAUUUUCCAUCCACUUUCUGAGCCGCUUACCCUCACGAGGGUCGCAAGAGUGCUAGAGCCUAUCCCACUUGCCAUCGGGUAGGAGGCAGGGUACACUGGGAAUUGGUUGCCAGGGAAUUGCAGGGAACAAGGAGACAGACAACUGUUGCACUCACAAUCACACCUGGGGGCAAUUCAGAGUCUCCAAUUAAUGUUCCAUGUUUUAGGGAUGUAGGAGGAAACUGGAGUGGCCACACAGGCCACCGGGAGAACAUGCAAACCGUACACGGGGUGGGGUGGGAUUUGAACCCCAGUCCUCAGAACUGUGAGGCCAACUGGGCCAAGUUGUCCUCGCAGUUAACGCUCUUCUCCCAUUGCACAGCUGAGCUGGGUGCCCGGAACAAUAAAGGCACUCUUCCUGGGUCGCCAUCAUGCUUUUUUUUUUUCUCCUUUUCUCACCCUCCACCUGUGCAGUCCAGCCCACUCACAUGCCAGUUACAAUCCAGAUGCACACACAGAGCUUGUCACAAUAGCCGUAAUGUUCGUAAUAAUCACAAGCAAAGUGGGCAGGUAGCUCUUCCUUCCGAGGCUGCAGUAUAUGAAUGAGGCCACAAUUUCUGCUUAGCUUCGCAAACCGGCUGAGGAAGGUCUUCAGCAAAACUAGUUUAAAACUCAGGAAUGUGUUUAUUGUCACCGACUUCCACACUGCAUUCCCUGUAGGAUCAGGGUGAGGGGUAUGAUGUUGGCUCAUGAAUUAGUUUUUGUUGGACUGCACUGCCUUUAUCUUCCCCAUGCAGUGUGACAUCAGUGGCCUCUAGAAUCUUGUCCUUUCCGCCAUUUUUGUCUCUUCAGCAUUAAGAUAGUAUCUUAAUCUUAGUUAGAUUUUUAUUCUCCACUUUGCACUUCAUUACACACAAAUUUCUCUCUACCUCCUAUUGCCAGUGUCCUCAAGCUUGUUCAUGGUUUCAGAAUGCUCACUUAUAAGUUUGGAGAAUGGUACUGAUAACGGUAUCUUGAGAUGUGGGCUCAUUCUUUUUAAGAGACUUUUUGGCCGCUGGAGAUUUAGCAUAAGUAACCAACUGGUAGUGCAGCAGUCUUCUUCAUAGAUUGGUAUCACUUUUUCCUGCAACAACAUGCUACCACUAUAGUCAUGACAUGAAGCACUUAUUAUAGGGUUUAUGGCAAAACAUUUUUUAUUGUUUUGCAAUCUCUUUUUUUGACACCAUUUGAGCUGUUUCCGUCUUGCU